AUGGCGAAAUCGAUUAACCAUUUGAUUGCGGAUAUUGAAUACAUUCAUCAGUUGGUAUAUGAUUUAAAAACAAAUGAACUACAGCAAAUUUUAGAAGCUGUUAAGCAUAACAAAUCUGGUAGCAAACAAACUUUACGCAAACGUAUGUUAAACUUAUUAAGUGCACCUUCACCAAAAACAAAAGUUUUGAAACAAAAAAUUAUACAAGUCUAUAACUCUAGACCACAACAAAACCAGCAACCUCAACAACCACCGCAGCCACCGGUUGUACAACAGCCAAAUUUUUUACAGCGGUUUUUACGACAACCUCGAAACAACAUUCAAAUUCAUAGCCAACCUUAUACACCACCAAGACCAAAUCCUAUACAACCUUUCGUUGAAACCCCAAGUCCAACUAUACAAUUUGAGCACUUACCAUUCUUUAAGACAGUACAAACAUUAUUAAUGCCUAUGUACUGCCAGACUAAUAUUGAUUCUGCCAACUUUACUGGGCUAUUUUAUCUAACAGAUAAUGUUAGACAUUCUAUUGUUAAAUCAUGGAAUAUUGCCAGACAAGAAUAUAAAAUUCAAAUUAUUUUAAGAUUACUACAAGUUGGACGUGAUGAAAAUGUUACUGAACGUUUACCUUACAAUAUUACAGUUUCUGUUAAUGAUCGUCAAUGUAAGUUACCCAUAUUAAACAUCCCAACAAAAGCAGGCAUCACUCCGUGGCGGUGCAAUAUUCCUAUAGAUAUUACUCAACAAACGGAUUUAAGAAAUUGUUUACAGAACACAUUAAAAAUUACAUGGUCAGAAGAACCACACGAAUAUAUGGCUGGUGUUUAUGUGGCCAACAAAUUGACUUGGAAUGAUCUGCUUGUUGAACUUAAAAAAAGACCCGUACGCGCCUCAGAUAAAACUAAAGAACUCAUUAAAAAAUCUAUGGAAAAUGAUGCUGAUAUGGGUGUAGAUUCUAUGUUUGCCACUGUUAAGGAUCCAUUAACUAAAUUAAGAAUGCAACUUCCUGCUCGAGGUGUAGACUGUAUACAUUUACAGUGUUUCGAUGCAAUACAAUUUUUACAGAUGAAUGAACAAAAGCAAACAUGGACAUGCCCAUUAUGUAAAAAAAAACUUAAGUUUGAAAACAUUGAAGUUGAUGAGUUUUUUUUAAACGUGCUUCAAAGUCCAGAUUUAAGCGAAGAAUGUGAAAAUGUUGUUUUAUUAAAAGAUGGGACAUGGUCCGAAAGAAAAAAUAAAGAAUUUUCAAACAAUGCGAGAACAAAUGAUUAUGGAUCUACAAACAAUAUUGAAGUAUUUACAUUGUCAGAUUCUGAUGAUGAUAAUGAUGCAGAUGAUAGUGAUAGUGACGUAGACAAUUCUGAUAACGAUGUGAUUGUUUCAAAACCAAAACGUUUUAAAUAUGAUCCAUCAAAUGUGGAAGAAUCUGUGAUAAAAUCUGAACAUGUUAUAGAAACUGAAGAUGUAACAAAUCCUUCUGAAAGUGACCUUGUGUUAGACUUAAGUAUUAAAAACAAUUCAACGCCAUCGGUUUCUGGUAGUUUAAAGUAUGAACCCAUUGUUACAUUAAAUGACGAUUCUAAUCCAUCAACUUCAGCUGAUUCAAAGUAUGGACCAAUUAUUACGUUAAAUGACGAUUCUGAUCAAUCAACUUCAGGUAAUUCAAAGUAUGAACCAGUUAUUAUACUAAGUGACGAAUCUGAUUUACCACCAUUAAUGGAAUCAACCUCUAUGUUAAAUAAUCUUUACCUUCCUAACAUUUCAAUCUCAGGGCCCAAUAACUGUGUAGCUGGUAGCUCUAGGAGUAGUAGAAAUAAUAGACAUCAAGAAAAAAAUAAUUCAAGAUCGGUUUUAUGUGUUAUAACAUUAGAUUAA